GCUGAAGACGACUUCCUCGGAUUACUCCUUCCUGCAGGUCAUUGCUAAAUCCUAGUAUAACCCUUCAAGGAGGAAGUGAGCAGGAGAGACAUGAACGCACAACUGAAGAAAAGGGGAAUGACAAGUGGCCGGAAAGGUCCGGGUGGAAGAGGGUUCCGAGGGGCCCAGCCCAGGCAAGGCAAAGCAAGCCAGCAAGAGCAGGCGGAAAUGGAACCUCUGAGCCCGACCUGGGCCUUGCAUGAUGAAGAUGUGCUCUUUGACGCCAGCCAGCAGCCUGUCGAAGAGGGUGACUUCCCCGAUUGCUACAUAGAGUGCAUCAUAACUGGUGAGUUUCCUCAGCCUGUCCUGGAAGAGGACUCACUUCUUAAGUCCUUUGAAUAUCUCAAGGAGGGAUCGGAGCAAGACCUUUCUCAACAGGUUCUGGAAGCGAGCUCUUUUCUUGAAUGUUCUUUGAAAUACAUUAAAAAGGGGGCAAAACAGGAGCUUUCUCAACAGGUGGUUGGUGAGAAUUCACUUCCUGAGUAUUCCGAGUACAUGACGGGCAAGAAGUUCCCCCCCGGAGGACUACCUGGCGUUGACUUAUCAGACCCUAAACAGCUCGCGGAAUUUGCUAGAAAGAAGCCCCCUCAAAAUAAAGAACAGGAUGCUCCAGAGACGGUCCUUUGUCCUCAGAGUGGAUGCACGAGAAAGUUGAGGAACCGAGCUGCCUUGAAAAAGCACCUUCUGACCCACGGUCCCCGGGACCACGUGUGCGCAGAAUGCGGAAGGGCGUUCUCUGAGAGCUCAAAACUGAAACGACACUUUCUGGUUCACACGGGAGAGAAGCCGUUUCAGUGCACCUUUGAAGGCUGUGGGAAGCGCUUCUCUCUGGACUUCAAUCUGCGCACACACGUACGCAUCCACACCGGGGAGAAACGUUUUGCCUGUCCCUUCCAAGGCUGUAACAGAAGAUUUAUUCAGUCAAAUAACCUGAAAGCUCACAUCUUAACUCACUCCAAGGCAAAAAUGUAUUGA